AUGCGCGCAGCACGAUACUACGGGAAGGAAGAUAUCCGGAUUGAAGAUGUGGAGGAGCAAAAGUGUGGUGCGGGACAAGUCAGGGUCGCCCCGGCCUUCGUAGGUAUCUGCGGUACCGAUCUCCAUGAAUACCUCGGCGGACCUAACUUCGCACCAACGACACCGCACCCGUGUACGAAUGAAACCAUUCCCAUCACCUUAGGACAUGAGUUCUCGGGAACUGUUACGGAGGUGGGAUCGGAUGAUUCAGGCUUUACCGUGGGCCAAAACGUUGUUGUCCAGCCGACGAUAUAUUGCGGGAAGUGCAAUGCAUGCACAGCUGGCUCCGAGAAUGUAUGCGAGAAUGGCGGCUUCAUCGGACUUUCGGGAGGAGGUGGCGGCCUGAGCGACUCCGUUGUUGUGCCUGAGGGUGCGGUACUAAACUUGCCCAGUAACGUACCGCUUGAUGUCGGUGCGCUGGUAGAACCUCUUGGUGUCGCAUGGCAUGCCGUCUCCGCUGCUCCACUCACACCAGAUUCUGUCGUCAUGAUUCUAGGUGGUGGACCAAUUGGGCUCGCAAUUGUCCAAUGUUUGGUCGCACUAGGCACGAAGAAGAUUAUCAUGAGCGAGGUAUCGGGCGCACGGCAGCGCUUCGCGAGAGAAUUUGGUGCUCAUCACGUCCUUUGCCCUAAGACGUACGAUGUUGUCAAGAUGAGCAAGGCUCUUAGUGGUAGGGAUGGGCCGGAUGUGGUUUUCGAUUGCGCCGGGGUACCAGCAAGUCUCACGACCGCUUGCACAGCAGUAAGGGCUCGGGGCACGGUCGUGAAUGUCGCGAUCUGGGAGAAAGAGGUGCCAUUCAAUCCCAACAUGCUUGUGUUCCGCGAGGCGCAGUACACAGCCGUCUUGGGCUAUCAAAGAAAGGACCUCGAGGCGGUUAUCGAACAUCUCGCUGCUGGUACCUUGAAGCCUAUGAAUAUGAUUACGCGCAAGAUUAGUCUAGAGGAUCUAGUAGAAGACGGGAUUAAAACCUUGAUCAACGACAAGGAGAACCAUGUCAAGAUUCUGGUAGAAGUGGGAGGCAUGAGUCGCAUAGACUCUGCUAUCCAUUGA